AUGCAACAUAGGUGCCAGUUCGCCCACGGCGAGGAGGAGGUGCGGGGGCUGCACCGCCACCCCCGCUACAAGACGGAGCCCUGCCGCACCUUCCACACGGCGGGCUUCUGCCCCUACGGCGCCCGCUGCCACUUCAUCCACAACGCCGACGAGAUGCAGGACGCCUCCUCCUCCUGCUCCUCCUGCUCCCCCGGCCCCGCCCCGCCUCACCGGCCCCGCCCUCCUCUGCUCCGCCACAGCUUCAGCUUCGCCGGCUUCUCCUCCUCCUCCUCCUCCUCCUCCUCCUCCUCCUCCGGUGCCGUUCCUCAGACCCUGGGGUCCGCCUUCCAGCCCGCCCCCUCCUCGCUCCUCUUCUCCCGCGCCGCCUCCGUCUCCCCUCCCCCGUCCUCCACCUCCUCCUUCGGCAGUCCGGAGCUCCUCUCUCCUCUGUUCCCGGAGCCGGGGCCCCGGUCGCUCUGCUCCUACCCCUUCUCCGGCUCCUCCCCCUUCUCCGGCUCCUCCCUCCUGGCGGCGGACGUCGCGGACUCCGCCCUCCGCUUCUACGCCCUCAGCGAUGCCGUCGCCAAGUGCCAGGCCGCCGUCUCCUCCGCCUCGUCCUUCGCCGCCGCGGGGCUGCAGCGCUGCGCCUCGGCCGACUCCCUCUCCGAGGAGGGGUACACCUCCUCCUGCUCCCUGAGCUCCGGGGGCUCUGACUCCCCUUGCUUCGAGGGCCGGCGCCUCCCCAUCUUCAGCCGCCUGUCGGUGACCGACGAGUAG